AUGCUGCCAAUUGUAGUAUGUUGGGCUUGUCCUUGUACAGUACACAAAAUGCAAGAACGCAGUGGAACGGACUACCAGCUGAAGGUUUUUGGACUGAUCGCUCUAGAGGCCAUUUCAUUACAAGAUGAAAAAUGGGAAUUAUCAACAGAGAAUGAGAAUGCAGGAAAAUUUGAUGAUGUUGUUUUCGAAAGUGGAGAUGGUGGAAUAGAUAUUUUGAUACAAUGCAAACAUAAAAAAGGAAUGAAAGAAUCAAAGGCUCUGGUACUCGAUUGGAAAACCCUCCUUCCGGAAUAUUACAACUCCUAUAAGAUGAAAAUCUGUAAGUCAUUCAAACGGAAGCUAUUGAUGAUAUUAUGCUCAAAUAUUGGUCCUUCGGAUGGUGAUUUUCUUGAACCCAAGAAGAUUGCUAUAGUUCCCGGAACGAACAAAUCUUAUCAAUUCAAAAGCUCAAAAAUUCAAGAAAUUCAAAAAAUAUUGAAUGCAUUCGAUGAUCAUUCCCUGAAAUUUUGUGAGGAAUUUAGGUUUCUUCAUAUCGACGAUUCCGCAAUAGAAGAUGGUAUUGAAAACAAAGUAGAAGAAGCACAGAAAAUUUUUGGUUUGAGAUUUUCUAAACUUCAUUUUAAAGAGAAAAUAGACGAAUUACUUCAGGGAAAACUGCAAAAAGAAAGACGUAUCAAAAAGUCGCACGUUAUAGCUUUUUUAUACGACUCGCGAAGUCAGGAUUACCUGGAAAAACUAGAUUCUUUUGAAAUAGACUUCAAGGAAUUAUAUGCCUUUGGUGGAAAUCAAAUAAUCAAUAUUGUAUCAAAUUAUCAUUUCUUAAAUAUACUCAAGAUCCAUAGAAGCUUACUGAGAGUUCAUAGCCCCAGCAAAAACGACCAACUUUACAAAAAAGAUCAACUUCUGUUCAUCGAUCCAAGUGUUGGAAGUGAAAUUCUGGACAAAAUAAUAGCAUCAUUUGAGCUUCCUGUAUACUGCAUACUUGUCGUUUCCCUCAGAAACUCUGAUCAAUUUCGUAUAAUUCAAUCCCGUAUAAAUGAUAUAUUAAAUAGACAACAAUACAAGAAAGUCAUAAUUUUGUCAGAAGUCCCAAUACAGGAUGAUGUAAUUCAGGAUGAAAUAAAAUUUACUGAUUUAAUAGAAGCAUGCCAAACUGCCCUUUUGUCGAAAGCAGUUAAUUUUCAAGGAAAAGAUCUGCCAAUCAAAGAGCUCAUGAUUAAUUCAUUGAAUAACAUUGAUUUUAUAAUAGACCAGGCAACUAUCAUCAACUUGAUAAAUGAUGAAAAUAUCACAAUAGGUACAGCCAUUAGAGACUUGGGUGCAAUUGAGAAUUAUUACAUAGAGAGAAAAUUUCAAACAGAGAUCAAAGUACAAGAUGAAAAAACCAAAAUUGAAGAGAAAACGAAAAUAAUCAAACACAGAAAAAAGGAAUUCACAGAACAAGAUGUCUGCAAUUUCGUUGGUCAACAUGGAAAAUUCGUUUUAAUUUCUGAUGGAGCAGGAAAGGGCAAAACUACUGUCCUAACUAAACUUGGGUAUUUAAUAAAGAAAAUAUAUCCCAGUUCUUUCCUCAUAAGAAUUGAUCUGAAUAUGUUUACCAGCAUAUUUAAAGAAUUUCAAACAGCGAGUAAGAAAUCAAUUAAUUUAGAAGAGAUACUACAGUCAAAAGAUAAGAAUUAUUUUAAAAAUAGUUUAGAACAAAAUAUUUUCUCAAAUACAAAAAACAUCAUCCUGAUGGUCGAUGCUGUAGAUGAAAUAAGUCCGGACUACACUAGUCUAGUUAACAAUUUUAUGCUUCAAACGUCUGAACGUAAAAAUAUUUCUAAAAUAUUUGUUACAACUCGUCCUCAUUUAACGAAGGAUUUGGAAUCCUUCCUGAAAACUAGAUCAUAUCGACUACUUCCAUACUCAGAAUUAGAACAAACUGACUUUCUUAUGAAAUACUGGAAGCAGAACCUCAUAAUAGAUGAUGAUGAAAAGCUAACUAAAUGUGAGAUUUAUGCUGAAACAUUGAUAAGCAAACUAGGAAAUUCGAUAGGAUACACCUCUUGGAAUUUCAUAGGCAUUCCACUCCAGACAAGAAUGAUUGCGGAAAUAUUUCAGGGCUCUGAUGACAAGAAAUACCAGUGGGUGUGUUGUAAAGAUUUUUUACUAUCUGAAAAUAAGACCUUGGAAUUACCAGAUAAGAUAAACAUAACUGAAUUAUACGAUAUGUUUGUGGAGAAGAAAAGGGAUAUCUUCAUCGGAGAUAAAUGCGAUACUCAAGGAAAUGUUAUCCUGAAGGAGGCAGUUUUGAAACAAUAUGAAGACGCUAAAAAUGAGCAUCAAAAACUUGCUGCUCGAUUAUUACUCAAUGAUCACCAAUAUUCAUUGAUGAAUGUUUCCAGAACCGUUAAUAAUAUCUCCAAGGAAACUAUCAUCAAAAUGGGAAUGUUACAAGAAAUUGGAGACGAGUUAUUGUUUGUGCAUCAAACAUUCGCUGAAUAUUUUUUGGCUAAGGCAAUGUGGGUACAAUUGAAAGAAAUUGCAGAACGCAACAAAUUUGUGAUUUUCCUUUUGAAAGACUUGUUUAUAGACACGAAAUUUGAAAUGAUCAGAGCUUUUUUGGAGGGCAUCCUCACCAACGAAUACUCCCAAAUCCCAAUGAGGGUUUUUGAAAUUUGCGGUUCAACAUUUGACUCUAUAACUUGGGAUCACUACAACAAAAUGAACAUUUUAGAUGUAAUAAAAUUUACUGAUCUCACAGAAGCUUGCCAAACUGCCCUUCUGUCGAAUGAAGUUAAUUUUCAAGGAAAAGAUCUGCCUAUCAAAGAGCUCGUGAAUAAUUCAUUGAAUAACAUUGAUUUUAUAAUAGCUCAGAAUACUAUUAUCGACUUGAUAUAUGGUAAAAAUAUCGAAAUAGGUACAGCCAUUAGAGACUUGGGUGAAAUUGAGCAAUAUUACAUAGAGAGAAAAUUUGAAACAGAGAUCAAAGUACCAGAUGAAAAAAACAAAACUGAAGAGAAAAAGGAAAUAAUCAAACACAAAAAAAAGGGAUUCACAGAACAAGAUGUCUGCAAUUUCGUUGGUCAACCUGGAAAGUUCGUUCUAAUUUCUGAUAGAGCAGGAAUGGGAAAAACUACUAUCUUAACUAAACUUGGGUGCUUGAUUAAAGAGACAUAUCCCAGUUCCUUCCUCAUAAGAGUCGAUCUGAAUGAGUUUACCAGCAUAUUCAAAGAAUUUCGGAAAGCGAGUAAACAAUCAAUGAAUUUAGAAGAGAUACUACAGUCAAAAGAUAAGAAUUAUUUUAAAAAUAGUUUAGAACAGAAUGUUUUCUCAAAUACAAAAAAUAUCAUCCUGAUGGUGGACGCUGUGGAUGAAAUAAGUCCGGACUACACUAGUCUAGUUAACAAUUUUAUGCUUCAAACGUCUGAACGUACAAAUAUUUCUAAAAUAUUUGUUACAACUCGUCCUCAUUUAACGAGGAAUUUGGAAUCCUUCCUGAAAACUGAAUCAUAUCAAUUACUUCCAUACUCAAAUUUAGAACAAACUGAUUUCCUGAUGAAAUACUGGAAGAAGAACCUCACAAUAGAUGAUAAUGAAAAGCUAACUAAAUGUGAGAUUUAUGCAAAAACUUUGAUAAGCAAACUAGAAGAUUCGAUAGGAAACACCUCUUGGAAUUUCAUAGGUAUUCCACUUCAGACCAGAAUGAUUGCGGAAAUAUUUCAGGGCUCUGAUGACAAGAAAUACCAGUGGGUGUGUUGUAAAGAUUUUUUACUAUCUGAAAAUGAGACCUUGGAAUUACCUGAUGAGAUAAACAUAACUGAAUUAUACGAUAUGUUUGUGGAAAAGAAAAAAGAUAUCUUCAUCGAAGAUAAAUGCGAUACUCAAGGAAAUGUAAAAGCAAAGGAGAUCAUUUCGAAAAACUAUGAAGAUUAUAUAAAUGAGCACCAAAAACUUGCUGCUGGACUAUUACUUAAUGAUCAUCAAUACUCAUUGAUGAAUGUUUCCAAAUAUGUUAACAAUAGCUCCAAGGAAACUAUCAUCGGAAUGGGAAUGUUACAAGAAAUCGGAGACGAGUUAUUGUUUGUGCAUCAAACAUUCGCUGAAUAUUUUUUGGCUAAGGCAAUGUGGGUACAAUUGAAAGAAAUUGAAAAAUGCAAUGAAUUUCUGAUAUUCCUUCUUGAAGACGUGUUUACAAAAUGGACAUAUGAAAAAAUCAGAGCUUUUUUUGAGGGCAUCCUCACCAACGAAUACUCCCAAAUCCCAAUGAAGGUUUUUGAAAUUUGCGGUUUUACAUUUGACUCUAUAACUUGGGAUGUAUACAAAAACAUAAACAUUUUAGCAAGAGAAGGCCGAAAAAAUAUCGUGAAACUAAUACUAGAGAAAAGACGCAGUGGAACGGACUACCAGCUGAAGGUUUUUGGACUGAUCGCUCUACAGGCCAUUUCAUUACAAGAUGAAAAAUGGGAAUUAUCAACAGAGAAUGAGAAUGCAGGAAAAUUUGAUGAUGUUGUUUUCGAAAGUGGAGAUGGUGGAAUUGAUAUUUUGAUACAAUGCAAACAUAAAAAAUUAAAAUCAGAAGGAAAGAAAAAAUCAAAGGAUCCGGUCCUCGAUUGGAAAACCCUCCUUCCGGAAUAUUACAACUCCUAUAAGAUGAAAAUCUCCGAGAGGCGCAAAAUAGAAUUAGUAAAAUAUCUUGUCAGUAGAGGAGCCACAAUCAAUGUUGCAGACAAAAAAGGUUACACCCCAUUCCACUUAAGUGUGAAAGAGAACUCCACAGAGCUGUUCUCCUAUUUUAUCGAAAAUGGUGCUGAUGUAAAAACGAAAGCUGAAGGAGGAACUCCUCUACACUGUGCUGUGAAAAAUCAAAAUUUUGAAAUGGUCCAAGAACUGACGAGAUGGGGUGUCAAUAUCCACGAGAGAAAUUAUUAUGAAGAGACAGCUCUGCACUUAGCAGCAAACGUGGGCAAUGUCAACAUACUGAAACAUUUGUUGGAGGUAGGAGCCAGAGUAAAUCAUUUGUUGGAAGUAGGAGCCAGAGUAAAUGUUCUGGAAAAAAAAACGAAAAAGAUCAAGGUCAUACACCUAGUGGACGUAGUGUUGAUAUCCAGGAUAGGAUUGGUCAAGCACCUCUUCAUCGGGCAGCAUUUGAGGGUCAUUUGGAUUGUUUGA